AUGGGAGAGGAAAACGUUGCAUCGGCCGGGAAUCGAACCCGGGCCGCCCGCGUGGCAGGCGAGCAUUCUACCACUGAACCACCGAUGCUUGAGAUUCGGAUCAUAUUCAUCCAAUACGAUUCGCCAUCCAUGCUUGCAACGAAGAAAACUGAAAGUUCUGUGGCUAUAGAAGAGGAAAACAUUGCAUCGGCCGGGAAUCGAACCCGGGCCGCCCGCGUGGCAGGCGAGCAUUCUACCACUGAACCACCGAUGCUUGCAAAGGAACCCGAAGGAUUCGUUUACGUCGAUCGGGCUACGCAACCGCUGAACAUAGCAGAUGGAAAGGGCAGCCAAUUAAUUCGAUCGCUAAUCUGUUCCUGUCUCAUAUAA